CGCCAUUUAACUAAGUGUAAACAAACCGCGAUCAGAGCUUAAGUUUGAUUGUGGAUUUUUCUCGUUUAAUUUCACGUUUUUGACGAUUAUUUACGCCAUUUUAAGUAAGUUAAGAUGCAUAGAACCGGAACUCAAAACAAGCUAGAUUUCCCGAUUCGUAAAGCAACUAGGAACAAGAAAGUAUCUCAAGCACUUGAAAAUGAGAAUAAAACCACGCCAAGUCCUGGUAAAAGAUCACGGGGUAGGCCCAGGAAGAUUGUUGCGGACCUUGAAGUUGAAUGUACGACUACCAAAAUACAAACCAAGACUAGAGAAACUCAUUCAGUUAAUAAUGGCACACAUCAGGAGGCCAAGGACAGUCUUUUGGAUCGUACCCCAACGAAGAGGAAAAUUGACAGAGAAAAUGACAAAGAAAAUGGUUGCAGCCCCCAAAAGACAUCCCCAGCUUAUUUGCAGACAGAAAACCAAAAGAACUAUGAGGAUCCUAAGGAAAAUACAUCAGAGACUGCUGACAAUGACCAAGAUAGCAGAUCUGGAGGACCAAGAGUACCUUUCAGUCCAUUAAAGAAUAGCACUGUAAAUCCCAGUCUGAAUGCCAACGAAGUCAUUACACGCUCCAAAAGUCCGUUCAAGUCUCCAGCAAAACCUUCCCUCAGCAGUGUCAGUAGCCCCCACAAAAGUAUAAAAAGACUCACCUUUCAGAGCCCUUCCAAGUCACCAUUGCGACGUCUUGAACUGAGUAGCCCUGCGAAGUCUUUGUUGAGAGGAGCGUAUAGUCCUAUCAGACAUUUGGGAAAGGGUGUUGCCUCAGAGAUCGACAGCCCCAGGAGAUCGCCCAGGAAGCUAAAUUUUGAACCCAGUAGCCCACGAAGAUCUCCCAGAAAAUUGCCUAUGUCUCCCAGGAAAUUCAGUAGCCCCUCAACUUUAGUGUCUAGUCUUUCACUGUCUAGUCCUUCUAGUACCAAGAAAGCCAUAUCUGUAGGGUUAUUCAAACCUGAUGUGACUGCGUAUCGAUCUGUACGGCAGACUUUGAAUUCUGGAACUCCCACAACACUGGUUUGUCGUGAGGAACAAAUAAGUGCCAUGAAAGAUUUUCUGUCGAAGCAUCUUGAAAAGGGAAAACCGGGGUCUCUCUAUAUCUCUGGAGCCCCAGGCACUGGCAAGACUGCUUGCCUUACUUCCCUUGUAGCCAACAUGAAGGAGAAACAGUUUAGGCAGAUCUUUUUGAACUGCAUGACUGUGAAGACGUCUGCAUCUAUAUAUGGGAAGAUUGUUUCAGGACUUGGUCUUCAACCUCGAGCAACGGAGAAGGAAAAUUCGAGGCUUAUAGAAAAAACUCUUAUGUCUUCUAAGAAUCCUGUUUUAAUCAUAUUGGACGAGAUUGAUCAGCUAGACAGCAAGAAUCAGGAGGUUCUUUAUUCUAUUUUUGAGUGGCCAUCAUUGAAGGACUCCAAACUGGUUCUUGUCGGAAUUGCCAAUGCCCUGGAUCUCACAGACAGAGUGCUACCCAGACUCCAAGCCAGGCCUACUUUUAAGCCGCAGCUGUUACAUUUCCCUCCUUACUCCAAAGCAGAAAUAGUCAAGAUUCUCAAUCAAAGAAUAGAAGAGGCUGGGCUAGAGGAUGUGCAGAUUAUACGGCCAUCAGCCAUUCAGUUCCUUGCUGGCAAAGUUGCAGCUGUGGCUGGUGACGUCCGCAAGGCUUUGGACGUAUGUCGGAGAGCUGUUGAGCUGUGUGAAAUUCAAGCAAGGAGACAGUCUGUGUUGAAACCAUCAUUGGGGAGUCCAAGAAAGUCACCGAGAAAAUCCCCCCAGAAGCAAGGAGCAGGCCUAAAGGUUGUGGAGAUUCCUCAGAUCAUGGCCAUCUUCAACGAGGUGUAUGGGUCUCGUGUCAUUUCCGCUGUUCAGAAUGCCCCUGAGAGUUUUUCGUUGCAACAGAAAUUGUUGAUCUGCUGUUUGUUGAUGUUUCUGAAGCAUGCAAAGUCAAAGGACAUUACUCUGGGAAAGUUUCAUGAGUUGUACACUAAAAUCUGCAAGAAGCGUAGCAUCCCAGACAUGGACCAGAGUGAAUUUUUGUCCCUUUGCACGCUUCUAGAAUCUCGCGGAAUGUUACAAGUCAAACGUGCCAAAGAAGUUCGAAGCUCAAAGGUAAUUCUGCGUCUAAACCCGGAGGAGGCAGAGAGAGUCCUUGGAGAUCGUUCUCUCCUAGCUGCUGUUCUAGAAGACAAAGAGUGUUUAGGGAAACUAUGCAAAAAAUAGUUAUACUGAAUUUCAGCUUUCAGCAUCAGUUUUAUAUGGCACUCAGUGUAAAUAUAUCUUUUGAAUAUUUUACCCGUACGUUUUUGUAUAUAUUUUGUAAGACGUAAGUUUUUUACUCUUAUUAUUUUAUCAUACACAAGUCAUUUCAUAUCUUUUAUGUUGUAGGUACUGUUUGUCAUAAUUUAUUUUAAUCAAAAUCUCAUUUCAUUAGAAUAAGUCAAUAGAUCAUUGUAGUUUUUACCGUGACCCGGUGUCUCAUAUUGUUUGACAAUAAAUCUUGUAAAAA